AUGGCUGUAAACAUUGAAGCACAAUAUGCUGCACAGCAAAUCGACUUUGCCACACUAGAACAGAUUUACAUACCUCGAACACUGGAAGUAGGCUGGAUCCACUCUAUCCAAACCGAAGGAGGUCAUGGCGAAGACUUUCGCCUUUUUACGAUCGGUCACAAACUCAAACAUUGGCAGCGAACAGGAACUAUACCGUCGGAAAAGAAAGUUGUUCACGCAUGGGGAAACACGGAUGCUAUCAGUCGAGAGCCGUUUAUUGUGAUUGCAGAAAGCGAACCAGAUCCACGUUUACACCGAGAAAAUUUCGAAAACCAUGCCGCUCUGCUCACAUUUGCCGACAAACAUGUCCGUCAGGAGGAGCAUAAUGACUUUAGGGGUUUCGUAUACGGAUGCCGGGUCACAGAUAUACGAUUGCGAGCUGAAUCACAAGCCCAAACCCUCAUCAACCGAUGGAAGGAAAGAACGCCCGCUGAGCAUACCCACUAUAUAAGCCGCGGAAGGCAAUUCUAUGAGAGACAUCUCGUGCAAUUCCCCCACCUCCGUCCCGCAACCGCCGGCGACCAUCUGUUCACCAAGGACCCAACCCCAGAAGCCACAAUGUCAGACAUCGCAUUCGUAAACCUACACGAUGCACGAUCAACCAACGAGCCCAAGAAACCUGCAGGGUCACGCUGGGUCUUUGAGCGAACGCUCAUGCAAGUUCCAGAAGCCACAUUUGGUGACUACCAGACCCAGCGCAUUGUGCAUUUGUUUGCGCUCGUGUCUGCGGAGCAUAUCAUCUUGAAGCGAAUGGUUGUCAAAAUAACCGGCUCACUCACAACCCGCGAGGUCGAAAAAAUGCUCACCCGCGAAUACGACAAUGCGCAUAAGAAGCUCUCCGACAUACCCUGCCCACAUAUCCUAAAAGCAUACGGAUCAGCUAUUCGUCGAAGAGCCAGUUCACCGCAGCUUGGAUAUAUAUUCAUGGAGUAUGCUGAGCAUGGGGAUUUGGGAGAUUAUCUCGCGAAGCAUGCGCUCGAGCAUCCGGGCAAACAACUCCCUGAACCGUUCCUCUGGCUUGUAUUCCGCGCGAUGGCCGAAGCCGUGUUCGUCAUGGCACUGGGGAAACCGGUGCCUAAGCAUCUCCCGUUGGAUAGGUACGGGCAAGGCUUGAAUCUUAAGCCUGUUGAGGGGUGGAAGCCUAUUGUAAACCCAGAUAUCAAACCCUACAACAUCGUCUUCGCAACACCACAGCCCGACUACUACCCCGCCUACCCAACCCCCAAAAUGAUCGACUUCGGUCUCUGCUUCGACGACCAGUACUUCAACGAUCCGAAGCGCAAGGCGUUUGGUGUAGGUACUACGGGAUAUGGUCCACCGGAACACGACUACAAAAACUUCCCAGACUACCGCAGCCAACCCGUCGACAUUGCCUCGGAAAUCUUCAACGUCGGCCUCACAAUGCUCAACAUGAUGGAACCCUGGAUCUCGCGCGGAAUGACCAGCACCGAGCAAACGCAGCUCGGCUUUGAGCACCACGAAAACUACUCGUACUGCUACUCCAGCCGCCUCGAGGAACUCGUAUUCCGGUGUUUGGAGUUCCCGCAGCCCAAGAGGCCCGCGCUGACGGAAGUGCUGUAUUACACCCGUAUCGGCCUGAGGGAGUGGGAGAAUGCGUAUGGCAGUGUUAAUAAGGCUAAAGAGAAUUUGCUGGGGUUUGCGAGGGUGGAGGUGGAGCAGGUGGACGAGGAGGUUGCGGUGGGUAAGGUGGCACCGAGGAGGUGGAAGGGGAUGAGGGAGAAGAGGGAACAGGUGACUGGGCAGGGGUGUGGGUUGAUGAGGAAGGCGGAGGAGGCGGGUGUGAAGGAGGGGGAGGGGGUGGCAAAGAGGGUGCGAUUUGUGUCGGGGGCUUGA